AUGCAGUUUUCUCUGUUCGUCUUCGUUCCAAUUCUUAUUUAUGCUGCUGAUAAUCCGUUACAAGAGGAUGGCUACUGCAUGGAUUACUUAAGUUGUAUGGAAAAGCUCGAGAUCAAGCAGAGGGAAUGCUUGGAACUAGAACAAACUUUAAAACAUCGUUCAACAGACUCAUGUUCUUCCCGUAAAUGGCAAUUGAAAACUCAAUUAAACGGCUUACACUUGAGAAGAACCGAAUUAGCACGUGAUUGUCUUCAAUCAAACUUAGUUGAUGCAGUCUUAUCGGAGACAACUCUAACAUCGGAGAUGCAAACAACAUGUUCCUCCCUUCAUAAGAAGUUUGCUUUUGCUCCUAAAGUAUCUUCGAACUCAACCGUAUUACGUCGUAAACGGUCUGUCAAGCCUUUGAAGCGGAAUAAACGGGAAAAUUCUAAAAAACCGACAAAGAUAGCUGAUUGUCGAGCUUCCACUCGAUCAUGGCACAAGCAUUGUUCAGCUUUAGCCCAUUGUUGUCCUUUGACGGAGGAUUGCCAAGUCUCAACAAAGGAAAUAAUGGAGCAGAUAUUCAUAGAUCGACGCAAGUUACGUGAGCUGAAAGAAGAAUGUGAUGAUGAAGAUAUGAAAAAGAAAAAAAAAUAA